AUGAGUGAUAAUGAAACUAUGAGAUUAAAAAGUGAUCUAGAAAAUAAAAACUUAAAACUUGGAGAUAUUUGGGCUGACUAUAAUCGCGAUUUUGAUUCCGUAGAGUUAUUUUAUAAAAGACUUUUAGAAAUCCAAAAUCAGGUGACACAAGACAUCAUACCAACACAAGCAAAUUCGGUUGAAACUGAUAUUCAAAACAUGCUUGAAAGAUGUGAUACUUCAAUCAGCAAUUUGGAAAAAUCUUCUGAUAAACUGAAAACCAAUUCUAACGACGAACAUUACAAAAGUUUCAUCAACCAAGUUACAAAGCUUAGAUUACUUAUUCGUAAUUAUGAACACUUACAGAUAAUUAAUGCGGCUUUGCCGAUUUUAAACCUAGGUACAAUUGAAGAAAAAGAUAAGGAUAAAAUUAAGAGCGUUGUUAGGAUUUUGCCAAAGCUUGAUUCUGGAUUUGCUCAAUCUUUAUUUGAUAAAGUCAGAUUAGCGUUCUCGGUCGAAGGAAAUAAAAAAAUAUUCAAUGAUGAGGAAUUAAAGGAGAUUAAUGAGGUGAUAAACGCGAAUAAAAAGUAA